AUGGCUCAUAAACAAUUGCUGCAUGAGCUCCUCAGAGUAGAUCAGGAGCCUUUCCACCUGAAGACCUUCAUCUCCGACCGCCGAUCCCUGCUCAAAAUGCCCUCACCGGCGCCGCCGCCGCCGGCAACCUCCCCAGAUAAAAUCCGAAAAUCCGUCCAAAUCCUAUACAAAAGCGAAAAAUCGCCGCCCCGAAAUUUCCGGUCGCCGGCGGCGGAAGCCCUCCUCCGCGUCCCGCCGGAUACGGCUGAGCUCCUGGCGGAGGCCGCCGCGAGGAUCCAGAAGCGGCGGAAAUCGAUGUGGCCGCAGAGCAAGGUCCGGAUUACUUCUUCCGGGUCGGGCCUGUUCGGGUCGGUUCUGAAGAUGCUGAAGGACCGGAGCAAAGGAAAAAGUCGUGCCGUCGGAGAACACAAUUUCAAUAUUUCCGGCGAAAAUGAAAGAGUGGACGGAAUUAAAAUUGAUAAGAAAACGAAGACAAUCAUUGGCGAUUUUGGGUCGCCGGUAAAGCGAUUCAUUCCGUGUCCACUGAGCCCUUCUAGAUUUUCCGUACCCGAGAGCCCGUCUUCCUCCGGCCGCCGCACGCCGGCUCUCGGCUCGCCGGAGGCGGCCUCCCCCAGCCGCGGCGUGAAGCUGCAGGACGAUCAAAAUGGCGAAACGGGAGAGAAUUCAAAUAACGUGAAUGGAGUAGACGAGAAGGAACAAUGUAGCCCGGUGUCGGUUUUGGAUAUUUUCUUUGAAGACGAAACAAAUGAAAGCAUCAAUGCAGCAGUCGAAGAAGAAGAUGAUGAGGGUUGCGAUUAUGAUCCCGACUGCACCUAUGCAAAUAUGGAAAGUAUGUGA